CCUUUAGCCAGCGUUCAGGUUAGUGGCUUUUGUAUUACUCAGUUUUUAACCUGUUGUGGCAUGACAGUGGAGCUGAUUGAGGGGGUGUUCUUCCAUUAGCCCUAGAUCAGGGCUGAGCUUAAAUAGACGUCGUCUUUCUUGAGGGGGUCAAAUCACUGGUGGCACACAAGCUGGAAAAUGAAGUUGCAUGUGUCAGGUUUCUCCGCAGUUCUUCUGCUGUGGCUUCUGGUCUCGUCUUCAGUACAAGAAGACGCACAUAAAACAGGCUGUCUAUCCACAACAGAUACUAAAACUCCUCACACGAAUCUGCGUAGCUACACUAUCCAGCAAAAGCCAUUGUUCCCUGUGCAUGCUGUAAGAUUUCUCACAUUAAAAGGAAUCACAAUCUGCUCAGAUCCGACUUCACCAUGGGCCAUUAAAGCAAUGAAGCACCUGAAUGGAAAGAAAAAACAACGUCAGUCAAACAUUACAAUCCGUCCAUCAGUGAAGGUGGUUCAUAUGGAUACAUCAACGACAAAUAUGGCUCGGGUAUCAGCACAGCUUAAAAAACAGACCUGAAAAUCACCAUCAGAACUGACCAGUAUCACUUUUGCAUUUUUAAAACAUUUUCUCUUUUAAGAAAAAACGCACUUUGUUGUACAUCAAACAGUGUACAGUUUUUUAUGUAAUAAUAAAGAAAUUAAUGUAUUUUAUUUAAUAUAUUUUAACAAACUAUUUUUAUUAGUAUAACACCUAUAUUUAUUCAACAAGGCAGCAACACCGAAGCUCAAAAAAAUCUAUUUAUUAAAUUAAAAAGGCCAACACAAAGCGUGUAACAUUUCAGACUGAUGAAGAGCUGUGUGCUUGAAACGUUACACGCUUUGUGCUAGCCCUUUUAUUUUAAUACAUUGCCAUCUUUUUGGAGCUUUAGUGU